AUGUCAAAUCUCACCAAGCUUGAAUUUGUAGCUCUUGACAUAUCCGGCAAAAAUUAUUUGUCAUGGACUCUUGAUGCCGAGAUCCAUUUGGACGCAAUGAAUCUUGGAGAAACUAUAAAAGAAGGAAAUGACGCAUCCCUGCAGGAUCGCGCCAAAACAAUGAUCUUCCUUCGCCACCAUCUCCAUGAAAGCUUGAAAGCCGAAUAUCUUACAGUGAAAGAUCCAUAUGUCCUUUGGACAAAUUUGAAAGAGAGAUAUGAUCAUCAGAAAUAUACGAUCCUUCCAAAAGCCCACUACGAAUGGAUUCACCUACGGCUGCAGGAUUUUAAAACUGUAAGCGAGUAUAAUUCCGCAGUAUUCAGAAUUACCUCUCAGUUAAAAUUAUGCGGAGAAAAAAUUACUGAACAGGAUUUGUUAGAAAAAACAUAUUCUACUUUUCAUGCCUCGAAUGUGCUCCUGCAGCGGCAGUAUCGAGAGCGGGGUUUUAAAAGAUAUUCUGAGCUGAUAUCAUGCCUACUUGUUGCUGAGCAAAAUAAUGAACUUUUGAUGAAAAAUCAUCAAUCACGACCAACUGGUUCAGAUCCAUUCCCUGAAGUGAAUGCUGCAUCAUCUGUUCAUCAUAGACAUGACCGUGGUCAUAGUCAUGGACGUGGCCGUGGACGUAGUCGUGGCCGUGGUCGUAAUAAGCAUUGGUAUCGUGGAGGCUACCAUGGCAUAAACUUUAAGAAAUCAGCAAACAAGGAGGAGAAACCACAUAACUCCUCUAAAAAUAAAGAAAGUGAUUGCUAUCGAUGUGGCAUGAAAGAACAUUGGUCACGUACCUGCCGUACGGCCAAACACCUUGUUGACCUUUACCAAGCUUCACUGAAAGGAAAAGGGAAUGAUGUAGAAACAAAUUUUGUUGAAGAUCAAGAUCCACUGAACAUCACCAAUUUAGAUGUCUCCGAUUUUUUUGAGAAUGAUGAUGGAAAGUUUGAACAUCUGAGUGGUGAUGGAAAUGUUCUAUAUGAUUAA